ACUGAAAAACCAGACUCAAAACAGACGGACAAAGGUGGUGCAUUGAUCAGGCAGGCGAUUAAGUCAUAUUAAUUGUUACUGCAAUCGGUACCGUACCUGCACAAGUGCUAUACAUUCAGAUCGCUGCGAAUGAAUACAGCUAUGUUUGUGUUAUUAUUAUUAUUAUUAUUAUUAUUAUUAGGAUGAUGAUGAUGAUGUGAUCAGUGAUCAUCUGUUCUGCGGGUAUAUUUCUAUUUUGAAAUGUUAGACUCGUGUUGUGGCUUCUCUGACCAGUACCCGGGGCUAGCAGAUAGACUAGUCUACAGCGUGGACCCCACAGCCGCUGUUCAUAGUACAUUCAGGCUUCUGGUUAUUUGGAAAUACAGUCGUACCCUAAUCCAAACCUACGCAUUAACCGUAACCUCGUACACAUCAAGAUUCUAUUAAAACACCCCUACUGCCAGUAGCAGAAAUAGACUGUCAUGUAUGUUUAUUAAAACGUUUCUGAAUGUAAAUCUAUGUGUGGGUUUUUGUUACACUAGGGGUACCAUCAGUUUGUAUUUAUACAGUGUUAUGGGGUCACUCCAGCUCAAGUGGAUCGAGUGCUGUGUUGUCAUUUUUCACCACAUCAUAGGUGGUGGCAUGCACUUGCACAAGACUUUUAUGGGAAACUGACCUUGAGUGAAAAAUGAUACGUAUCGCAGCCCUUAAUGCUGCCUCAGCAACUAGCGAUGAGCAUGAGGAUUCCCUAAAGAGCCACAAGUCUCAGACCAAGGAGGCCCAGGAAGCUGAAGCAUUUUCUUUAUACCACAAAGCCUUGGACCUGCAGAAGCAUGACCAGUUUGAGGAGUCUGCGAAGGCUUACCACAUGCUACUGGAGACCCCACUGCUCAAAGAGGCUAUUCCUUCUGAGGACGAGAAGGUAGGACUGAAGCACCCUGGGCUGAUGCUGAAAUACUCCACGUACAAGAACCUAGCCAGCCUAGCAGUGCUCCGAGAUGACCUGGAGACAGCCAUGGACUUCUAUCUAGAGGCUGUCUUGCUGGACUCUACGGACGUGAACAUGUGGUAUAAGAUUGGUCAGGUGGCCCUGCGUCUGAUUCGAAUCCCGCUGGCCCGACACGCCUUCGAGGAGGGACUGCGGUGCAACCCUGACCACUGGCCGUGCCUGGACAACCUCAUCACAGUGCUCUACACACUCAGCGACUACAGCUGCUGCCUGUAUUUUAUCUGUAAAGCCCUGGAGAAGGACCGCUGCUACACCAAAGGUCUGGUUUUGAAAGAGCGGAUAUUCGAAGAGCAGCCCUGCCUACGAAAGGAUUCCUUCCGCAUGUUCAUGACAUGUGACAUGUCAGUCCACGCGGUGGAGGUGGAUGAAGGGGAGGCGACAGCCGUGCUCCAGGAAGCUCUGGAGCUACGCAGGAGGAGACAGGCCCUGGACACCCGAGAGCCACAGCCCGACCUCAAGCUCAUCCAGCCCAUCACUUACUACACAUGGAAAUGCCUGGGAGAGAGCCUGCUGGCCAUGUACAGGCACCAGACCACCUGUGAGCCACCUCGGCCAAGCCUGGGCAAGAGGAUCGACCUGUCUGAAUACCAGGACCCUGACCGGCUCCACACCUCCCCCCUGUCCUUCACUCCAAUCAGUGUGAUCCAAAUCGCCUCCAGCAACAAUAGCACAUCACUGCCCGCUACAGAGCUGAUCCCAACCAGCCAGCCCCCUGCCCAGCCCCCAGCCCAGACCACCGUGCUCCAGCUAGCGCAGAGCCAGAACAUUGUUGAAGUGACCACGACCAUAGCUGACGCGUCCCUAGCUGACAAGGCGAAGAAGCCCCCCAAACGGAAGCGUGCUGCGGAGGAGAGCGGAGAGACAGCCAAGCGACGCUCAGCCAGGGUCCGAAACACCAAGUGCAAGAAGGAGGAGAAGAUUGACUUCCAGGAGCUGCUGGUCAAGUUCCUGCCCUCCAGGCUGAAGAAGCUGGACCCGGAGGAUGAGGAUGAAAGCUUAAACAGCUAUGAGAUCCUCUCCGAGGUGAAGCAAGACAGCGCGAAGCUUGUCGGCUCACAUUGCAUGUCUUUCGACUCCACGCCCUUCAUGGAAUCUGAAAGGCUAGGUGUCCACACCUUCCUGCUGAAUAACAUGACUAACGGUGGGAUCCUGGAGCUGAUGAUGCGUUAUCUGAAGGUGAUCGGUCAGCAGUUCCUGGCGGAGUGGCCUGCAGGCCUGGCAGCAGUGGUCUUGGAGAUCUACACCAACUGGAGGAAACACAGCAGCAGCCUGCCCAUCCCCCUUCUCCGGGACUGCAGCAACCAGCACAUCAAGGAUAUGAUGGUGAUGAGCCUGUCAUGCAUGGAGCUCCAGCUUGAGCAGUGGUUACUGACAAAGGGCAAAAACAGCAUAAUCUCUCCACGGAAGUGCCAGUCGGGUCCAGUCUCGGAUCAGUUCGGCUCAGAUUUGCCCGGCCAGCAUUUCCAGGGUGACCUGGUGCAGCUGGCCUUUGCCUCCUCGCAGAGGGACCUGUUUGAGGACAGCUGGCUGUCCUUCGUGGUCCGGGUCUAUUGGCUCAAAGCACGCUUCCUAGCACUGCAGGGUGACAUGGAGCAGGCUCUGGAGAGCUAUGAUAUCUGCACAGGGAUGCUCCAGGGCCCCACUGCGAUACAGUCUGGAGGUGAAAGCGGUGAGAAGUUCACCAUCCAUCUGCCCAACCUGUGCAUGGACUCGGCCAUCUCCGUGGAAGAGGUUGACAAGAAGCUGAAGUCCCUGGAGCGCUGCCAGUCCUUGGAAGAGCUGCAGUGUCUCUUUGAGUCAGGGGAUUACCAGGCGGUGGUGCAGCUCCUCCGCCCCACUCUGAGCACAGAGGGAUCGGGCCGGGCCAGGCAGCUCGAGUUCAGCACCUCCAUCCCAGAGAGACCUGCUCAGCUGCUGCUGCUCCAGAACUCGCUGCUGAAGCUGAAGGAUUUCCGACAGUGUCUGGAGUGCUCUGAGGUGUCUCUGAACGAAGCUAUCCAGCAGAUGAACAGCGUGAGUGUGUCCUCCGCUAAAGAGGAGUGGGUCGCCACGGUGACACAGCUGCUGACUGGCAUCGACCUCUGCUUCUCCGAGGACCCCAGCAUCUUGAAGAGCUGCCUCCGGACCGCCAGCCUGGUGUGCUUCACUAGCAACCUCAUACAGCUCAUCGAUUGCAGCAUGGCGAUCCCGGAGGACCCCAAGGAGCCGUACAUGUCGUCCGUGCUGCCCUGGAUCUUGCUCUACCACAUCAUCAAGCAGGAGGAGGAGACCUUCGACUCCCUGCGCAAGCAGCACUGGCAGGGGAAGAGCCACGAAGAGGAUGAUGCCGACGCCCCGAUGCUGCCCUCCUCCCUGAUGCUGCUGAACACAGCUCACGAGUACCUGGGCAGGAGGGCUUGGUGCUGCAGCUCGGAUGGGGCUCUCCUUAAGUUUUAUGUGCGUGUGUUGCAGAAGGAGCUGGCUGCCUCCACCUCAGAAGAUGCUCACCCCUACAAAGAGGAGCUGGAGACUGCCCUGGAGCAGUGCUUCUACUGCCUGUACUCCUACCCCAGCAAGAAGAACAAGGCGCGCUACCUCGAGGAGCACUCUGUACAGCAGGUGGACCUGAUGUGGUGUGAAGCCUUGUUCCUGUUUGAAUAUGUCAAGCCCAAGACAAUGCCGGAGUUCGACAGCUACAAGGCAAGCACAGUGUCUGCAGACCUGGCCAACCUGCUGAGGAAGAUCUCCUUCAUCGUCCCUCGCAGCGAGACCCCCAUACUCUCAAUGGAGGAAGUGUCUGCCUUCAUCGAGGGGACCUCCGACAAGGUGCCAAGUCUCCCUGAAGGAGCUAGUCCAGCACCCCCUCUGGUGUGCGAGCUGUAUUACCUCCUGGCUGAUUAUCACUUCAAAAACAAGGAGCAGUCGAAAGCCAUUAAAUUCUACAUGCAUGACAUCUGCAUAUCUCCAGACAGGUUUGAUUCGUGGGCCGGUAUGGCGCUGGCCAGAGCCAGCCGCAUCCAGGACAAGCUGAACUCUAACGAGCUGAAGAGCGACGGGCCGAUCUGGAAGCACUCCCUGUCGGUUCUGAACUGCUUCAAGCGGGCCGUGGAGGUGGACUUCUCCAACCUGUCCCUGUGGAUCGAGUAUGGCACAAUAUCCUACGCUCUGCAUUCCUUCGCCUCACGGCUGGUCAAGCAGUACAGGAGUGACCUGCCUGCAGAAUUCAUCAAGCAGAUGGAGGAGCGGAGGGACAGCAUGCUGGAGACGGCCUCACGCUGCUUCCAGGCAGCCUCUCGAUGUGAAGGGGACGGGGACGAGGAGGAGUGGCUGAUCCACUACAUGCUGGGGAAGAUCGCAGAGAAACGCAAGCAGCCCCCAAAAGACUAUCUGCUGCUCUAUAAACAGGCGGCUCAUUACUUGCAUGAGGAGGCUGCCCGAUAUCCCCGAAAGAUUCACUACCAUAACCCCCCUGGUCUAGCCAUGGAAGCUCUGGAGCUGCACUUCCGGCUCAGUGCGUCCAUCCUGAAACUGCUGGAGGCAGGGGAGGGGGAGCAGGCGCUGGACCGGGAGAUGAUGUUUAACAUCCUGAAGGAAGCAGCCGAGGGGGCUUUCGCCCGUGGAGAGGAGAAAAACACUCCUAAAGGUAGUGAAAAGGAGAAGCCCUUUUCAGUGAACGAUGACGACUCGCACUCCUCAACAGGAACGGCACAGGGUCCCGGGACGUACCUCCAGUCCACCGGUCCAGGUCUGACAUCACCACCUUACACAGCCACUCCGGUGGACCACGAUUACGUGAAACGUAAAACCCUUCGUCAGCAGCAGCAGAAGCAGGAGCAGGCCCUGGCUGAUGCAGCCCCAGCGUUUGACCAUGAUUACUCCCUGCCCAGCAUUUCAAAAUGGCAGACACCAGUGAAUGAGCGUAGUCAGGACAGUGUGGUGGUGAUGCUCUCCGACUCCAACUCCACACAGGACCUCUUCACUGACCCCGCCAGUUCCCAGGACAGCAGCCGCAAGGUGCGCUCUGGGAAAGGUAGCGCCUCCUCGUCUGAGAACACCACCCCAUCCAAGGAGGGGCAGGGCAGGCCAGAGGAAGCGGUGUUUUUCAAAAGGGGAUUGGAAGAGAAAAGUGAAGACAGACCUACAGAUUUCCUUCAACAGAACAUGGUUGAUAUAAUGGACGUGUUGGAUGCUCUCUCUCAAGAGCUGGGAGAAAUGCCGACCCAGAAACUCCCAGCUGAGCCGGUGCUGCCUGCGGUACCAGCCACCCCCACCAAAACCGCUGCCCUGGCCAGCACCACCAGCGUGACCCCAGGCAGCGAGGCCAGGAAGAAGCUGGACCUGCCGGGCGAUGUGCCGCAGAGCCUGCCAGAGGAGCAGGGGGAGCAACGACGCCUCCUCACUGACAUGUGCACCCAAGCCCUGUUCCUGUGCCUCAGCCGCUUCCCACAGCACUACAAGAGCCUGUACCGUCUGGCUUACCUCUACGCCAACCGCAGGACCUGCCAGAACCUGCAGUGGGCCCGAGACGUGUUGCUAGGAAGCAGUGUCCCAUGGCAACAGCUGAAGCACAUGCCAGCGCAAGGACUUUUCUGUGAGAGAAAUAAGACUAAUUUGUUCAAUGGAAUCUGGCGAAUUCCAGUGGAUGAAAUCGAUCGACCAGGUAGCUUUGCGUCUCAUAUGAACCGCUCCAUUGUUCUCCUAUUAGAGGUUCUGUCUCAGCUCAAGGACCACAACACUCUGCUCAAAGUCUCGUUAAUGCUCCAGAGGACACCGGACCAGGGAAAAAAAUAUUUGCGGGAUGUGGAUCGCCAGCUUCUUGCCAGGAGAGCGUUUUUCCUCAAUGUGAAAGUACUGGAGGACACUCUGAACAAACUAACUGGGGUGUCAGAACAGCCCAUUUCUACCUUGUCACAUUCUUUGAUGGGGGAGAUGACGACGGACGUCUCUAACAAACCCAGCCCGGCCAAGCAGCAGACCGACAAGCUGGAGAAAGCAGAGAAAGCGGACGCCACGGGAGAACCAGCAAGACCAGGCUCUGAGGAGCCUAUGGAGAUGGAGGCCGGCCGCUGGCCGGAAUCCAGCAAGGCAGACUCUGCUUGUCAAUCUUUGGAUGCAGACUUUUCCAAAGCCGAGGAGAAUCUCCCUGAGGGCAGCAAGACCCCAGAACUCUCCCUGGAGGACUUGAGCAUCAGCUCCAAGCAGCAGGUAGUGGUGGCGGCAGUGGCUAAGGGCCUGCCCCAGGUGAGCUCUGGUGGGAUGGAGACUGCCAUCGUGAGGAGACCCAGCCGCAAGAGGAAGCUGCUGGAGGACACCGAUUCAGGGAAGACGCUGCUAUUGGAUGCCUACAGGGUGUGGCAGCAGGGACAGAAAAUCAUGACCUACGACCUGGGCAGGAUUGAGACGAUCAUGUCGGAGACGUACAUGUUGAUCAAACAGGUUGACGAAGAUGCGGCUCUGGAUCAAGCAGUGAAGUUCUGUCAGAUACAAAUGGCCGCAUCUACACAGAAGCAGUUAACAGGAGACACCCCGACUACUCCCAAGCACAAGGAGCACAGGGAUCUCUUCUUCCCCGUGACCCCCACCACCGCAUCCUCCUGCCCCCUGCAGUCCGCGGCAGGAACAGCUGACAACGCUCCUUCAUCGGACAGCGCGGCCAACAGACAACAGAAGCAGCAGCAGCCGGCUUCCUCCUACUGCUCCCAGGCGGAGCUGCGGGACGGGGCUCGGAUCAGGGAGGCACAGACCGACACCAUGGCCUAUCUAACACAGGGGGACGAGUCUCUGGAGGGGCUGGGCUAUCGGCAGCAGGAGUCACAACUCUGCCAGCAGAUGAAGAUGGCGACUGUGAACCCGGGCCAGGAGGCCCCUGUCUGGCUGAUCGAGAACCCCUUCAGAGACCUAGAGGCCAGCGAGAACCCCCCUCACUCCCCCAGCACUGCAGCAGACCCCUCCAGCUCGUCUCUGGACCAGCUCUCUCCUAGAAGUCAGCAGUCCAAACAGCAGCCGGAGAGCAGUCGGGUACGAUCCCGCAUCCCACCCAACAUGCCAAAACUCUUUAUCCCGUCAGCGGUGACCAAGUUCCCCCCAGAAAUCACCGUCACCCCCCCGACUCCAACCCUGCUCUCCCCGAAAGGGAGCAUCUCUGAAGAAACCAAGCAAAAACUAAAGAGUGCCAUCCUGUCAUCUCAGUCAGCUGCCAAUGUAAAGAAGGAGACUCUGUGUCAGCCGGCAUUGGAAGUGCAGGAGACCUCGAGCCAGGAGUCGUCCCUGGAGAGCGACACUGACGAGGAGGACGACUACAUGGACAUCUGAGCCUGUGCUGGAGCCUGGCAACUGACAAGCACGCCGCGCAACCUGCUGUGCCACGGAGGAAAGACCAUGCUGGUCAUCUUCAAAAAAUGGGAUUAAAAUAAAAACUCUAACAAACAAACUUGUCUACAGCAACCAGCAGUAAACACCGCCCCUCUGCCCAUCAUCAUGACCCUGGAAUGACUCGACACCAGCUACACAACUGAGCUUCUGUGCAAAGUCCUUGAGCCCAGCUGUUUUUUUUUUGUUUUUUUUUGGGGGGGGGGGGGCAUACACUAAUGUAAUGCAGUGUUUCCCAUUCCAGCCAUCAUUGUCAUGUAGUCCUGUUGAUUUCAUUGAUCAUUGCAGCCCUCCAGUUCUACCAUCUCCAGCGUCUCUAUGCUAGCAAUGGCUAACGAGUUCUGUCCUGUUUCCAAGAAGCACACAAUUUCUCACAUGUAAAUCUCACAUUUGUGAAAUUUUGAGGCCAUUCUUUUGUACUGUGCAGACUGUAAAGACAGUGCAUGGGUUUAUUACAGGAAUCGUGUUGGGAGCUACCGUGCCAUUUGACAGAUAGUCAUGUCCAUUUCACCUUUGUUUUGAAAGGUCCAGCAAAAAACAAACACGCUUUUAAAACUGAAGCUCAAACCUGCAAUUUACAAUUGCCUAGAAUGAAUUGCAGAGUGCCCUUGUGGAACUCCCAUCUUUCUGCACUGCAGCCUGAGCUCUAACCACUGAGCUACAUGUGCUCCAGGUUAUAUGCGACAUGUGAAUAAGAUAUUUAGAACAUCUGGAACCUUGAUGUGUCCAGUGUUGAUAAUAUUGUAUACUGUUAAGUGCCAAAAAAUCCACUUUGAAAGGUUUUGUCUUGGUUUUUUACUUUGACUUCAACAUCCAAAGCACUGAUGAAAGUAGUAAGUGAAUAUUACUGAAGGGUCUUCUUGUAUCAAUCCAUUGAAGCAGUGAAAAAUAGGUAUCUCUUUUGUGAGCAAAAGAAAAUAUGGAGGAAUGUUUUUAUACAAUUUUUUUUUCUAUAUGAAUACAGAUCUUUGCAGUAUUUUUUAUGGAAUACUGGAAAUGCAGCUUUCUUUUUAAAUAAUCUUUGUAAAUAAUGAAUGAGAUGUCAGGGCGGAAAAAGAGACAAACUCUUAACUAUACCUGUAUGUAUUGUAUGUUUUUGUGUUUAAAAGAAAAAAAUUUCAAA